AUGUUCUCAAUUGCAGCUAUCAAUGAUACUGAAUCCAAAGGCAAAUGGGAACCUUUAGCUCCCACCAAAGAAGCUCAGGAAUUUCAUCUUUCACAAACUUAUCAUGAAGGACUUCACAAGUUACAAGCUAAAGAAUACAAAAAGGCCACCGAGCUGUUAGAAUCUGUCCUACAAGAUCCUCUUAUAGCAAACGCUCAGGUGGAUGGUAAUGUCAGCGAUUGCCAUCUAUUGCAACUCAGAUUCUUGGCACUGAAGAACCUUGCUAAUGUUUACCUUCAACAAGGUUCGGCAUAUUAUGAGAGUGCUCUACGAUGUUAUCUUCAAGCUGUAGAGAUUGAUACCAAAGAUUCUGUUGUCUGGAACCAGCUGGGAACAUUGUCAUGCUCAAUGGGCUCUCUGAGUAUAUCCCGUUGGGCAUUUGAGCAAGGGCUUUUAUGCAGCCCUAGUAAUUGGAACUGCAUGGAGAAAUUAUUGGAAGUUCUUAUUGCUAUUGGUGAUGAGGUUGCAUGCCUUUCUGUUGCAGAGUUAAUUUUGAGGCAUUGGCCAUCACAUUCUCGUGCUUUGCAUGUCAAGGAAACCAUUGAAGAAUCCGAGCCAGUUCCAUAUGCUCCUAGAGGUAUAGAUAAGCUGGAACCUAAACAUGUCCGUCUAAAAUUUGUUGACAAGAGAAAAGCAAGUGAUGAAAAUAUAGAGGAGGGCGUUGCAUCAAAGAAGCUGAAGCAGAGCAUAGAUCUGAACCUGGCAGAAGCUUCUUGGGCUGCUCUUGUUGAUGCACUCAUGGAUAUCUUACUUCCACUGAAUGGGAGUCAAUCUGAGAUGGGGGCUGCAAAAUCACACCAAUCUGGGGAUGUAAGAUUGAUUUUACACUUACCUUCUAGUUCAGAAAGUACCAUAGGAUUUGAGGAAAGGAAAGGGUUUAACUUAUCCCCAAUUGGUGGAAAUGCUGUAUUUGGUGAUUGUAACUCUGAAAAAACUGGUACUUUUAAAGAAAAAGCCACAAAUCUUCUAGAAUUACAGCCACAAGAGAGGCGGAGUACUCGUCUCGAAAGGCUUAGAAGUCGUAAACCGGGGAAAGAAGAUCUUGACUUUGGUAACGGUAAGGAUCAGGCCAAGGUUGUAGUUCAAUAUCUAGAACCUUUUAUUGCUGGUGGAUCAGGAAUCAAAGAUUCUGGUCAUUCUGGUAAUUGUGUUGUUUCAUGUCCUGAUCAAACUAAUCCAUGGGAUACUGAAUAUGGCGAUGUUUCCAGAUUUGUCGAAAAAACUUCAAAUAAUUAUGGUGCUUUCCAUUUGGCCCAUUUGCUUUUAGAGGAGGCUGCAAGUAGAGGUCUUUUGUAUCAGGAUGCAUUUAUUAAGAUCCUGGAGUUGGAAAAGAUGACAAGGAAUUGGGGGAAGGAUAGGAGCCGUGAGUGUUGCCUUUUUCUUGCUGAGCUUUAUUAUGACCUUGGGUCAUUGUCUUCUGAUGUUUCCAGGCUAUCUGAGUUCAUGUCUGAGGCAUCUUAUCAUCUUUGUAAAAUUAUUGAAUCUGUAGCUGUGGAAGAUGAAAGUAUCUCUGGGCUUAAGAGAUUCUUUGGUACUAGUGGAUUAUCAGCGAAUACUUCUGUUUGCCCGGAUGUACCAUUAGAUGGUUCGUCUUUAACAAGUAACAGUUCCUUCUGGGUUCGGUUUUUCUGGUUAAGCGGACGGUUAUGUAUUUUGGAUGGCAACAAGGAAAAAGCCCACCAAGAAUUCUGUAUUUCCUUGUCACUUUUGGCAAAGAAGGAAAAUACGACUGAUUCCCAAUGUGUGAUCCGCCUCCCUUAUUGCAAGGUUGUUAAAGAGUUAACCAUUCAUAGAAUUCUCCAUGAAAUCAACAUUUUAAAGGUUGAUUUCUUGAUGGAGAAGACUUUAGGUGAGAUGAUUGAGAAAGAAAUGUAUAUGGAGUGCAUGUCCUUGCUUGUUCCACUUCUAUUUGCAACAAAAAAUGUUCCCCCUGAUGCAUUACCCUUGCGCUUAGCUGAUAAAGGGGGAGAAGGAAUUACUUCUGUUGAACUAUCAGCACUAGAUAUUUUAAUCAAAGCAUGUGAGAAGACAAAACCUAUGGAUGUUGAUGUUUAUUUGAGUUGCCAUCGGCGGAAACUGCAAAUUCUUAUGGCAGCAGCAGGAAUCAAUGAAUGCCUUGCUUCUUGUAAAUCCUUCCUAUUGAAAUCCGGGUCAAACCCUCGCUAUGCUUCUGAUGUAGAUACAAAAGAAAGUUCAAGCAAGCAUUGCUGGAAUUUCUUGGUUGCAGAGGAAGUGAAGGCUAUUUCUCAAUGUGUGUCCCAAGUGAAGAACUUUAUUGAUCAAUCUGGAGCUUCCGACACUAUUCCAAUGAGCAGCAUAGGUGAUAUGCAAUGCUUGCUCUUGUCAGUCAUGUGCAACGUUGCAAGCAUAUUCCUCUCUAAGAAGUCUUCUGAUCUAGUAAUUACUGAUCAAAUUGAAAGAAGUUGCUUUAUUGAAGCUUCCAUUGCAUUUUGCAAGCUCCAACACCUCAACAUCACGAUAACUGUUAAAACCCAAGUUGACUUAAUUGUCACAAUGCAUGAUUUGCUGGCUGAGUAUGGGCUCUGCUGUGCUGGUCUCGGUGGUGAAGGGGAGGAAGGAACAUUUCUUAAGUUUGCAAUUAAGCAUCUAUUGGCCUUGGAUAUGAAGUUUAAAUCUAAUUCAUUAAACAAGGAAACAGCUCAAUACAAAGAGCAACUUUGCCUAAACAGUCAUGCCAAAUCAGAUACUGAUUUGGAAAUGGUUCACGCAGGAAUAGAUGAGACCAGUGCUGCAGGAAAGGAUGCUUCUGAAAGGACACCUUCCAAAAGCACUCCAUUUGAUAAUACCCUAGAUAAAGACAGCGUGGGAUUGGAAGGUGGAAAGCAAGGUGUAGAUGGGUCUGGUGGCAAGUUCAAUGGAUGUGAAAAAGAAAAUUUUCAAUUGAACGAAGCCGGAGCUGAGCUCCUUGAAGAUGAAAGGGAGGAACUUGAGUUGAAAAUUGAUUAUGCAUUGGAUCAGUGUUUCUUCUGCUUAUAUGGUCUAAAUAUAAGAUCUGAUUCAUCAUACGAAGAUGAUUUAGUUGUGCACAAAAAUACUAGCCCUGGUGAUUACCAGACAAAGGAACAGUGUGCUGAUGUUUUUCAGUACAUACUACCUUAUGCAAAGGCUUCUUCUAGGACAGGAUUAGUUAAAGUUCGAAGAGUACUCAGAGCCAUACGCAAACAUUUUCCACAACCACCAGACGAUGUUUUGGCUGGAAAUGCAAUAGAUAAGUUCUUAGAUGAUCCUCAUUUGUGCGAAGAUAAGCUCUCAGAGGAGGCUGGAUCUGAUGGGUUUCUUGAAACCAUAACAAAAAUUAUACUCCCUGAUGCAAGAAGCCUUAAACAACAGAAGACAUCAUCCGUUGGGAGCUCUGAACCGUAUCUGGAUGUCUAUUGCAACUUAUAUUAUUUCCUUGCCCUAUCUGAGGAAAUGAGUGCUACUGAUAAGUGGCCUGGCUUUGUGCUUACCAAGGAAGGGGAAGAAUUUGUACAGCAUAACGCAAAACUCUUCAAAUAUGAUUUACUCUACAAUCCUCUACGUUUCGAAAGUUGGCAAAGACUCGGAAAUAUCUAUGAUGAGGAAGUAGACUUGUUGCUAAAUGAUGGCAGUAAGCACAUCAAUGUGGCAGGAUGGAGGAAGAGUGCUACUUUACCUCAGAGAGUUGAGACAAGUCGACGGAGGAGUAGACGGUGUCUAUUAAUGAGUUUGGCUUUGGCAAAGACAUCAGUUCAGCAGCGAACUGUUGUACCCUUGAAGGAUGCAGCAUGGAUGAUGUUUUGUGAGAACUCGAUGAGACAUUUUAAAAAAGCUUUCGCUCACAAGCAAGAUUGGUCCCAUGCUUACUAUAUUGGGAAGCUCUGUGAAAAGCUAGGAUUCUCUUAUGAGACAUCAUUGUCAUAUUAUGAUAAAGCUAUUGCUCUAAAUCCAACAGCUGUAGAUCCAGUCUACAGGAUGCAUGCUUCGCGUUUGAAGAUGCUUUGUACAUGUGGAAAACAAAAUAUAGAUGCUUUAAAGGUUCUUUCAUCAUAUGCCUUUAAUCAAUCGAGAAAGGAUGCUAUCAUGACAAUCUUAGGUAACAUGGCUUCUGAAAACUCAAACUCGCCUAAGGAUAGAAGCACACAAGCAAACACUGGGGAGCAGAAGCAUGAAGAUUCACUCAAAUUAGAGGUGUGGAACAUGCUUUACAGUGACUGUCUUUCUGCCCUUGAAACUUGUGUUGAAGGAGAGCUUAAACAUUUCAUAAAGCCAGAUAUAUGCUUGCUCAAGAUUGAUAGCAUGGUCAAAAAAGGAAGGCGGAAAACUCCUGGUUUCUCUGGGAGUAAAAAAUCCCUUGAAGUUAACUUACCUGAAAGUUCUCGAAAGUUUAUUACUUGCAUCCGGAAAUAUCUGUUGUUCUAUUUGGAACUGUUGGAGAAGACUGGAGACAUCUGUACUCUUGACCGUGCUUAUAUAUCUCUGCGAGCUGAUAAGAGGUUUUCACUAUGCAUUGAAGAUCUUGUUCCAGUAGCACUUGGGAGGUACGUUAAGGCCUUGGUUUCAUCCAUGCGACAAGCUGAGACUGUUGGCUCUGGUGCUACAAGUAAUUCUGAGCAUAUAUUGGAGAAAGUGUUUGUUUUGUUCAUGGAGCAGGGGAACUUAUGGCCAGAAAUAUGUGGUUUGCCUGAGAUUAAGGUCACAGAAACAUCAGAAAGCAGUUUAUAUGGAUAUCUUCAUGAACACAUAAUAACAUUGGAGAAAAAUGGCAAGCUGGAGACACUUGAAGCCAUAAAUGAGAAGAUACGAAAGAGGUUUAAGAAUCCAAAAUUAUCAAACAGUAACUGUGCAAAAGUUUGUAGGCAUGCUUCCAUUGCUUGGUGUCGAUCUCUUAUACUAAGCUUGGCAAAGAUCACUCCGUCACAGUCUGAAAUCACCAGUGAGAUGCAGGUCCUUAAUCCAACAGAGAUGUCGGAAAACAGCCAGCUGCUUUGUGUUGAUCUGCAAACAGACGAAUUAUGGAGUUCAGCAUUCGAGGACCCAACCCAUUUUAAAAAUCUUGAAGCAAAACGGAAUCCUAUUUUGUCUAAAAUAAAGAAUUUAACAGUUAAGAAAGCUUCAGAUGAAAAUUUGGAGGCUGCCAGUGCUCUGCUUCGAUCUUCUUACAAUUUUUAUCGUGAGAGCUCCUGUGUGAUGCCCUCAUCUGGUGUCAACCUGUAUUUGGUUCUGUCUUGGUUAGCAAAGGAUACACAGUUCAAGCCGACCAUGGAUGGGGCUGAAAUCCUUGACCUUAGCAUUCCGAGAAAGCUUCUCUUGUGGGCUUACACGCUAUUGCAUGGCCGUUACACAAACAUAUCUUUUGUCGUAAAGCAUUGUGAAGAGAAUGCAAAGUCUAAAAUGAAAAAAGGAGCUGGAACCUUAUUUGCGCCCUCAAACACAAGCACACCCAACACCAGCACUAUGCAAGCAGGUUGUGGGAGAGAUGGAGCCGGCCAUGCUGGAACCAGUGAUGCAGAGGCCACUCUAGUGACAACAGUUGUAUCCGCUUCAUUACUUGAGGACUCCAUGCAAUGUGCCAAUCCACCACCUUCCGGCGUCUAUCAAAGGAGUUUAUUUGCUGCUCCCCAACUGCACCAUUGCAGCAACACCGUUGCAGAGAGGAGCAAUACAACGGCAGAUGGAGGUGGUUUAGACAAAAGUUGA